AUGCUGCGCUUCCUCAUCAGCCCGCCGCUGCGCGCCUCCGCAACGCGACAGACCCUCUCCUCCGUUCGUCCGUUCAGCACUACAAUGGCCGAGAAUUCGCAUUUCCGCAUCUUCCGCGAGGUCGAGCCGCUGCGUGCUUACCGCCGCGAGCAGACGCUGGCCCAGCGGACCGUCGGCAUGGUCCCCACCAUGGGCGCCCUGCACGACGGCCAUCUCUCGCUCGUGCGCCAGGCUGCCGAGGAGACGGACGACAUCUACGUCUCCAUCUACGUCAACCCCACCCAAUUCGGCGUCAACGAGGACCUUGACUCGUACCCGAAGACGUGGGACGCCGACCUCGAGAAGCUCCGCGCGCUGGACGACCAGCUGGCGGCCUCCUCCGCGCGCGGCCGCGUCAAGGCCAUCUUCGCGCCGACGUCCAACAUCAUGUACCCGACGCUGCCGCCGGCUUCGGAAAUCGACGGCCACGGUAGCUUCGUGACGAUCACGCCGCUGGCCAACAAGCUCGAGGGCGCGUCGCGGCCCGUCUUCUUCCGCGGCGUCGCCACCGUGUGCACCAAGCUGUUCAACAUCGUCCAGCCCGACCGCGUCUACUUCGGCCAGAAGGACGUCCAGCAGACCGUCAUCAUCCGCCGCAUGGUCCGUGACUUUCACAUCCCCACCCACGUCGUCAUUGGCCCCACCGAGCGGGAGGCUGAUGGUCUGGCUAUGAGCUCGCGGAACGUCUACCUCGGGGCCCGCCGUCGUAAGGUCUCGACAGUUCUAUCGCAGGCGCUGUGGAAGGCGGAGGAGCAGUAUAUCGGUGGCAAGCGGAAGAGGGACGACAUUCUCUGGCCGGCUCAUGAUCUGACGAAUAACAAGAUCCGGGAGCAGGAGGAACUGCCUCCUAAGGAAAGGGCCCUGUUCGAUGUGGACUACAUCUCUCUGGCGGACCCUGACACUCUUGAGGAAGUCGAUGUGGUUGACGAGAAGAAGGGUGCCAUCUUGAGCGCCGCUAUCAAGAUGCAGCCCACCGAGGAGCCACAGCCUGGCGAGGAGCUUGGUCUCGGCGGUGGUCAGGUCGCCGUGCGCCUCAUUGACAACAUCAUCUUGAAGCCGGUUGCUUAG